CCCAAAUCUGGGAAAUUGUCCUGGGAAAUUGCCUUUCCGUUAGCACAGUACAACGGUGACGAAUAAGAUCUCCAUCACUUAUCAAUUGAAAUUCGGAGCUCCAAUUAACAUAUAAAUGGGUCGGUCUCGGGCUGUUCAUCAAUCCACCGAUGAUGAUCCAACCCAAAGGUCUAAGAGAAAAAGGGCAGCACCUAAUGUGGAGAAUUUUGAUACUGCAGCUGCUGGCCAAAUAUUGACCGACGGGAAAAAGGCUUUGUACCAUUGCAAUUAUUGCAAUAAAGACAUAUCUGGAAGGAUUCGAAUUAAAUGUGUUGUGUGCUCUGACUUUGAUCUUUGUGUGGAAUGCUUUUCUGUUGGAGCAGAAGUGCAGCCUCACAAAAGCAAUCAUCAUUAUAGGGUUAUGGAUAACUUGUCAUUUCCUCUUAUAUGUGCUGACUGGAAUGCAGAUGAGGAAAUGUUACUUCUAGAGGGUAUGGAAAUGUACGGAUUGGCAAACUGGGCUGAAGUUGCCGAACAUGUUGGAACAAAGAGUAAAUUGCAGUGUAUCGACCACUAUAAGUCCAUAUAUAUUAAUUCUCCUUGUUUUCCGCUUCCGGACAUGUCUCAUGUUAUGGGAAAGAACAGAGAGGAACUUCUUGCCAUGGCCAAGGAGCAAGGAUAUGCUGCUCCCGGAGGAGUUAAUGUCAAAGAAGAGUCUCCGUUCUCUGCAAGAAUCAAGAUGGAAGAUCAACGGGAAGAAAAUUCAGCUGGACUUGCCUCAGUUGGAGGUUCUGCUUCCGGUACACUAACAGGAGCUGGAAAGAGGACAUCUGGCAUACUUCAUAGUAAGGAGAAUCAUGAUAGCAUCAAAGUGGAAGGUGGUCUUGCAGACAGGAGUGUCGGAGAGAAAAAGCCUAGGACUUCAGUGGAUGAGGGCCCUUCUAUGACAGAAUUGAGUGGUUAUAAUACCAAGAGAGAGGAGUUUGAAAUUGAAUAUGAUAAUGAUGCUGAGCAGAUGCUGGCUGAUAUGGAAUUUAAAGAGACAGAUAGCAAUGCUGAACGUGAACUGAAACUUCGGGUAUUGCGUAUAUACUCUAAAAGGCUGGACGAGAGGAAACGUAGGAAGGAUUUUAUUUUGGAAAGAAAUCUACUUCAUCCUGACCCUUUUGAGAAAGACCUCACCCCAGAGGAGAAGGACAUGUGCCGUUCCUACAGGGUGUUCAUGCGUUUUAAUUCAAAAGAGGAGCAUGAGGAAUUCCUGAGGAGCAUCAUUGAGGAGCACCGGAUGGUAAAACGAAUACAAGAUCUUCAGGAUGCCCGAGCUGCUGGUUGCCGAACUUCAGCGGAGGCAGAAAGAUAUGUUGAACAAAAGAGAAAGCGAGAAUCUGAAGAAAAUGUACGUAGACUAAAGGAGAACCCCCAGAGUGGUCCAAGUGGCAAAUAUUUGCAACGAGCAGGUCACCUUAAAGUGGAGCAUGACAGCAGCCCCAGAGGAGUUCCUAGAGGCCCUGAAAUGCUGGAUUCCCUUAGCAAGGACUUAUCAUCAACCACUGCACCACAUGGUGUUGGAAGUGCUUUAGACAUUUGGGAUGUCAGUGGCUUUUCAGGGGCUGAGUUACUCUCAGAAGCUGAAAAACAGCUUUGUGAUGAGAUCAGAAUCCUGCCGACUCAUUAUCUAAACAUGUUGCAAACCAUGUCUAUGGGGGUCUUAAGUGGCAACAUCACCAAGAAAUCUGAUGCGCAUGGUCUAUUCAAUGUUGAUCCGAAUAAGGUGGACAAAGUGUAUGAGAUGCUUGUUAAAAAGGGCCUCACUCAAGCAUAGUAUUGCUAUUUUGCAGGUUCAAGCACUUUCACUACUUUGCACCAAAGUGGCAAUGGUUUAAAAUGGAUGGCCUGUUUGCUUGAAUUCUUCCAAAUUAUCUAAAGCUAAACGUUAGAAUGAAGGUUGCUGUUCAAUGGUAUCAUGUACUUCCAAAUGGGAGGAAAAGACGUGCAGUGGAUAUCCAUUAUAAUGAUACCCAUUGUAGAUAUGUGGUUGUAACACAAGCUUUUGAGAGCGUUCCCAUAGCAUUGUAAUUAUUAUGGCUUUGUAAGUUAUCUGUCCGGAAGAAAGUAGUGUGUUGGAGAUGUAUGCUAUUGGCUGAGGCAUGUGUAUACAUGAGGUUAAUACAUAAGAAUAGAUUAAGAAUAAUAUGCUGGUUAAAAGCUAGUUUUGACUAAUGUUUCCUUUGUUAUUUUUCCCCUCUUAACAGGGAAGUUGGAUUGAGCAUCUAUUUUGUUGUGCUUGCA